AUGAUUGCGCAACGGGUGGGCGUGUCGGCCCUGCGCCGAGGCGCGGCACGAACAGCGGCAGGAAAGCCCUCCGUCUUCUUCAACUCCCAGAUCCCCAAGGCCGUCGUCGCCUCAAGCAUGUCCACGACCCAGAUCCGCCCCGUCGCGACCGCCAAGCUCUCCCCGACGGACGGCAACGAGAUCCUCGCCAAGCAGCGCCUGAACCGCCCCAUCUCGCCGCACCUGACCAUCUACAAGAUGGAGCAGACCUGGUUCGGCGCCUCCAUCUGGACCCGCAUCACCGGCGGCGGCCUCUCCGCCGCCUUCUACGUCUACUUCGGCACCUACCUCGUCGCGCCCCUCCUCGGCUGGCACGUCGAGUCCGCCUCGCUCGUCAGCGCCGCCGCCGCCGCCCCCGUCGCCGUCAAGGCCGCCCUCAAGUUCCUCGUCGCCUGGCCCUUCACCUUCCACUUCUUCAACGGCAUCCGCCACCUGACCUACGACUUCGCCCUCGGCUUCGCCAAGCCCGAGAUCGUCAAGUGGGGCUGGGUCAUCUGGACCUCCUCGCUGGUUUCGGCGCUCGGUCUUGCUUUCGCGUGGUAG